GCGUGAUGUUCUCGGUGUCCCCUAUUGUUUAAACGAAAAUGAAAAUGUCUGAUUAAAAGUGCAUUUUAAUGCGCGAUUUGAUGACGUAACGACAAUGCUCCAAAAACAAAUGGCGAGUGCGUUACCUGCCACAGGCCUAGCUUGCAAGUAACUUGAACCUGAUUGGCACACGAUACAGCUUUUACCGUUUGUGCAUGUCUGUUGGAUCUCUGUACAGUACUGUCGGGCUGUUGGAAUCCGUGGCUUUUGCAGCAGUUUAUCUCGCACGGUGCAAAGCUGCACAUCUUGCGUAGAGAAUCUGCCUGCAGAAAUGCGCGCUUAUUCGGCAUGCAGCUUACAAAUGCCCGCUACUCUAUGGAUCUGCUGGAAUAGGGGCCAUUAUAAAGAUUUGCAUGAGCAAGGAAAGGGCUGAACCAUGUCUGUUGAUGGUGGUGUUGAUUUUGAUGACUGUGGGCACGAGUUUCCUGCCCAUUAUAAAGUCAUGCUUGACAAACUGAAUGAGCAACGACGGCUGGAUCAGUUCACAGACAUCACUCUCAUUGUGGAUGGACAUCAGUUUAGGGCCCACAAAGCUGUACUUGCAGCCUGUAGUCAGUUUUUCCACAAGUUUUUCCAGGAUUUCACUCAAGAGCCUCUAGUGGAGAUUGAGGGGGUAAGCAACUCUGCCUUCUGCCAUCUGAUGGAGUUCACUUACACGGCCACAUUAGCUGUAAAUGGUGAGGCAGAAGUCUGUGAUGUCUGGAGAGCUGCAGAGUACCUUCAAAUGCAGGAAGCAAUCAAGGCCUUGAAUAAAAGAAGGAAUGGUACAUCAUCACUGGACUCAUCCCAGGCCUUGGAAGGAAAGAGCAAGGCUAAGAAGAGGAAGAUUGCAGAGACCUUCAAUGUGAUCACUGAGGCUCUUCCUUCGGUGGAAUCAGUUGAAAUUGAAGUAGAGGUUGGUGAGGAACAGAUCGAGGUGGUGGAAAGUGGCCUGGUGGAAGUAGUAGAUGCUGCCAGGAGUACCGAACCCUCCUCAGAUGACUCAGCUUUGGCUUUGUUGGCCGACAUCACCAGCAAGUACCAACAGGGAGAGCAGACACUCCAUGUGGUGAAAAAUGAUGAUGAUGAGACGGUUGUUGUGGAGGAAGAGGCUGUGAUAGCCUCCAAAACCCUUGAGAAUAUUGAAGUGGUAGAGGUCCAAAUUUCUCAGCUUGACAACCUUUUCCGCUGUGACAAGUGCGACCGCUCUUUCAAACUUUAUUACCAUCUGAAACAGCACAUGAAGACUCACACGGCUACCCCGGACAGGGGCUUCGUCUGUAGGCACUGUGGCAAAGCGUAUGCCCGAGAAGGAGCUCUUAAGCAGCACCUGAAUAAUUACCAUUAUGAGGCAGAGGAGCAGUCCCGGAGGCAGAAGAAGAAAGUGCAUGUCUGCGAUUACUGUGAAAAGCAAUUUGAUCACUUUGGACACUUCAAAGAGCAUUUGAGGAAGCACACAGGUGAAAAACCCUUUGAAUGUCCAGAAUGCCAUGAACGUUUCGCAAGGAACAGUACACUGAAGUGCCACAUGUCGGCCUGUCAAAAUGGCUCUGGAGCCAAAAAAGGGCGAAAGAAGCUCUAUGAAUGUCAGGUCUGUAGUAGUGUGUUUAACAGUUGGGAGCAGUUCAAGGAUCACUUGGUCACCCACACGGGUGAGAAACCCAACCACUGUACCAUUUGUGAUCAGUGGUUCACACAACCCAAAGACCUACAAACUCAUCUACAAGAUCUCCAUGGCCUACAGGAGAAGGUUAUUGUCACAGAGGAAUUAAUGAUUUCUGACCCAGCAAUUGUUUUAGCAAUGGCAGAUGUGGAGGACGGAGAGGAGAGGGUUAUUCUGGAGGAUGGGAUGAGUGUGGAGCAUGUUACAGUGGAACCAGUAGACGUUGUUGCUGUUGAGGAGACUAUUGUGGUAGAGGAAGGGAUGCAGCUACAGCCUUCUCCAUCAUUGGUUGGAGUGGAAGAUACAGUGGUUUUACAAGUAGACGGCGAGAGAUUGAAAGAACAAGCAAUAGAAAUUCAAAUAGAACAUGUGACUGUAGCCGAGCCAGCGGACUCUGAAGGUCAACAAGCGGCUGUGGACAGUUUGACUGAAGAAAAGAUUGCAAAUGUAUGAAAGACAUUUACUGCUCAUUGACUCUUUGAGAAUGGAAUGGGGAGAUGAAACUGGCCUUUUCUCCUUUCCCACCCUCUUAUUAUAAUUCAAUAAUAGAUGUAGAAUGGCAUUUGGUCAGUGUGGUGUCAUCCAGCUGAAGUUGGUUCACCUGCGUUUUUGGGUUGUUGUUUUUUUCAGCUUUGCUCUUUGCCUCAGACAGCUCGCCAAGAAAGCUCUUUUACUCAAGUCUGUCAUUUGACAGCAUGGCCGAUAUGAAUUUUAUCACAGGUUUAGUCAUGCUUUAAUGUGCAUUGUGGUUAAGAUCAGUUGAAAGAGGUGUAAUUAAUUUCAAGAAUAUUGCACAUCGCUUCGUCUGUUUAUAAGAUAUUUCAUUUUUUUAAGUUAUCUUAAGGAUGUACAGUGUGUUUAUAGUGUGUUAGAAGCUUAUUUUUGUAAAAGAAUAAAAGGGCAAAAUGUGUCCCCAAAUCAUCCAGCUAUUCUGGCUUGUUUCGAACCUUUCUCAUUCAGUCAGUGCCCAUUUACAAGGGUAUUCUUUCUGAUGUUUCACUUUCAGUCAGAAGCAGGAAGUCUUGAAUGUACGUGCUUGCUAUUGAGCUGUAAAGAGCAAUAAAAUAUUGUAU